ACGGGCAGGGGGAAGUUGUAAAGAUGGCGGCAGAGCCCGUUCGCUCUUCCCCGGGCUGAGGCGUUCGGCGAGGGUCCCUGGUGUGCCGAGAGCGGCGAGGCGGUACCGGCGGCCCAGCAGCAGCGGUGCUUCCGCCAUGUCGGAGCCGGGGCACUUGGGGGUGAAGCGGGCCGAGUCGGCGCGUCUGCGGCGGGCGGAGCAGCUGAAGCGCUGGAAGGGCUCCUUGACCGAGCUGGAGCCGGCUGCUCCCGUCCGGAGCCGGCGCCGCGGCGGGCCCCGCGUCCGCUUCGAGGACGGCGCCGUCUUCCUGGCUGCCUGCUCCAGCGGCGACACCGAGGAGGUGAAGCGCUUGCUGGCCCGCGGAGCCCGCCUCAACACGGCCAACGUGGACGGGCUGACGGCGCUGCACCAGGCAUGUAUAGAUGAGAACCUGGACAUGGUAAAGUUUCUGUUAGAAUACGGAGCCAAUGUAAAUCAGCAAGAUAACGAGGGCUGGACCCCACUUCAUGCGGUUGCAUCUUGUGGCUAUCUGAACAUAGCAGAGUAUCUGAUAAGUCAUGGGGCCAACGUAGCUGCUGUGAACAGUGAAGGUGAAGUCCCGUCUGACCUUGCAGAGGAAGCAGCCAUGAAGGACCUGCUCUUGGAACAAGUAAAGAAACAAGGAUUGGAUCUUGAUCAGGCAAGAAAAGCGGAAGAGCAACAAAUGCUGCAGGAUGCACGGCAAUGGCUGAACAGGAGGAAAAUUGAAGAUAGGAAGCAGCCCCGAACUGGUGCUACAGCUCUUCACGUAGCUUCAGCUAAAGGCUACUCUGAGGUGAUGAGGCUCUUGAUCCAAGCUGGGUAUGAUGUGAAUGUCCAGGACAAUGAUGGAUGGACUCCACUCCAUGCUGCUGCACAUUGGGGAGUGAAGGAAGCUUGCUCUAUCUUGGCUGAAGCACUGUGUGACAUGGACACCAGGAACAAGCUGGGUCAGACACCAUUUGAUGUCGCCGAUGAAGGAUUGGUUGAACAUUUAGAGAUGCUCCAGAAGAAACAGAAUAUGCUGCGCAGUGAAGAGACAAGAAACAAGCUAAUAGAAGCUGAUAUGAAUGGGAAACUUCAAAGCGGGCUCUUCAAAAACAAAGAGAAGAUUCUUUAUGAGGCAGACACUCUGAAAUGCCUAGAAAGGGAAGAAGAAAACAAAGAAUCCAGUAGCUCCAGCUCCGAGGAAGAAGAAGCUGAGGAAGAUGAAGCUUCAGAGUCUGAUACUGAAAAAGAGGCAGAGAGAAAGGAAGAGUCUAUUGCUAAUCAUUCCAAUUAUGAACCCAGAACUCUAAUCACAGAACAAGUGCCACCACCAGAGCAUAACUCUUUCACUAUGGCUCCUGCCAGAAAAUUUACUCCAUUGCUCAACAAGUCUGAAGAGCAAAAAGAUGAAUCUCCUUCAUCAUGGAGGCUAAGUUUACGGAAAACUAGCAGCCAAAACACGCUUAGUGAAGGAAGUGUUCCUCGUGACAUGCCAAGAGAAAAGGAUGGUUCCAUAUAUCGUUCUUCUUCGACCCCUCGGAUUUCUGCAUUAUUAGACAAUAAAGAGAAGGACAAAGACAACAAAAUCUAUUUUGCUUCAAUAGCCCCUCGAAGGUUAAACAGUGCAGGUGACAUAGAAGAAAAGGAAAACCGAGAAUCUGCUGUAAAUUUGGUACGGAGUGGUUCUUAUACCCGGCAACAGUGGAGGGAUGAACCAAAGGGAAAUGAAGCACCUGCAACUGGUGCACCUUCCACUUAUGUAUCUACUUAUAUGAAAAGUGCUUCAUUUGGUAGAAGUAGUGACCUCAGCAGUCCCUAUAUUUCAGCCAAUCGCAAUGCAUCUUCUGCUACCUCACCCACUAUUAUUGGUUCAUCUACCUCAUUGGGCACAGAGUGGCAGCUUGCCUCUUGCCCUUCAUCUGUCAAUUCUAGCACUACAGCAUCAAUACGCCAAUUUAACAGAUCCCCUUAUAGACAACAAACUGACUCUACAACAGAGAAGAGCACAGAGGGCAUCUCUCCUAGCAUUCCAUUAAGUGUCAUAACAAAUCUCGCUGUACCCAGUAGUGCCAAUGGUGUCACAACUGCCAAUUUUAACUCAACGACUGGAACAGAGUCCUCUACUGGUGAUGCUAGAGAUCGGAGAAGGUCAUAUCUGACUCCUGUCCGGGAUGAAGAAGCAGAAUCUCUAAGAAAGGCACGAUCCAGGCAAGCUCGCCAAACUCGUAGAUCUACACAGGGCGUAACACUUACAGAUCUUCAGGAGGCAGAGAAAACCUUUAGCCGAUCUCGGACAGAGCGGCACGAACAGCCAAGUGAAAAAUUGGAAAGAACUGAAGCAACUGAGGAAGACCGUGAGAGGCAGGCACAGACUGCAACAAGGGAACCUGGGGAGACCCGCUCACGAUGGAACAGAAACUUGGAUGAAGAGUCUGUUGGUCAACGAUUGAGGGGCUCCGCGCAGCAAGACAAACCCACAAGCCCCAUCUCUCCUUCAUUAGCUCCUUAUCUUUAUUCAAGUUCUCACCUUCCCAGGACAAGUAGAUCUGUAUCUUCUGAUUCUGUGAACCCAUCAGACUUCCAAAGCACAUCUGCUGCUGACAUGGAGAAAAAUGAAUAUGAAGAUCAGGAUUUGGAUGACAGAACUUCAAACAAGCAGUCUGUUAGAGAGAGGAGGCGGCCGAAAGAGAGACGAAGAGGCACGGGGAUCUCUUUCUUUACAAAGGAUGAUGAUGAGAUGGAUGGUACUGAAGAAGUGAAAGAGGACAGGCAUGAGAGGCUUUCCAGGUUGGACGCAGCAAGUUCAAGUACUGGCACCAGCGAUGCCUACGGGGACCGGCCCUCUGGUCGCAGUGCCUACACCAGAAGAGAGAAUCGCCUGGCUGCCCUCAGCAGCAGGACGGAGGAUGACAGUAGCAAGGAUUAUAAAAGACUCUAUGAGAGUGCCCUGUCUGAAAAUCAAAAGCUGAAAUCAAAACUGCAAGAUGCUCAGUUGGAGCUCGUCGAUAUCAAGACAAAAAUUGACAAAAUAGCCCAGCAGAAGCAAGAAAAAACCUCUGACCGUUCAAGUAUGCUAGAGAUGGAAAAGAGGGAGAAACGAGCUCUUGAGCGGAAGCUCUCAGAAAUGGAGGAGGAGAUGAAGAACCUUCACCAGCUCAAACAGAUUCACACUUUGAGGCAGAUGAAUGAGCAGCUGCUGGCCGAAAACAGGGCUUUGACCCGGGUUGUAGCCAGGCUCUCGCAAUCCGCUGAGACCCCAGAGUCAGAAGAGCUAUAGCAUCUCCCCCUCCAGUUGAUCUCUCCUCUCCUUCCAGUCUUCCAGGUUUUGACAGAACUGAAGUCAGACAAUCAGCGGCUGAAAGAUGAAAAUGGAGCCCUCAUCCGUGUCAUCAGUAAACUCUCGAAGUAGUAUAUUGAACGUAGGAUGGGCAGAAAGAGAUAUUUGUGCACAUGCUGCCACCCUUGCCACCUGCUUCUGAUCUUCCAGUUGAAAGAGUAGCUGGCAUUUCAGACACGGAUCAGCUAGCCCCACCCUUCACUGCUCUUUGCACCUUGCUAGGCAUUCCCAUAUUGCACAGUGCUUAUCCUUCCCCCCCAACACAGCAUGCCCCGCCAUGUUUUAAUAUUUUUGGAAUGUCGAAGUAACUCAUUUGAAGGGACAAAGACUGGGUUGGCGCUGUCUGAGCUGCCCAACUGAUCUGCUGUAAGCUCCAUAUCCGUCCACCUUAAUCUGAUGUAAAGAAGAAUCUACUGUAAUAAGUGAUAUAGAAGUGACUCCAUAGCGUUGACCCAACAUGUCUUAAGAUACUGUCUUGGAGUAGGAAUAAUGAGUGAAACUAGGAAUUGCCACUGAGGAUUUAUCAAUCUCCAUUCUGGAAUUUGGAAGUCUGCGGUGCUGGUGAAAGCCAUGAUGACUUACUUCUCUGGGAGUCUGACAACAGUCACUUGGCUUGGAGAUUUGUGUUUUCCAUGUAUCUCAGUAGCUAACUGAUUUAUUUAAUGUAAUAUUUUUGAUAAUUUAAUUUGGGGAUCCAAUCACUGGCUCUCCUUUCUGUUUUGCUUCACUUUUGCCUGCUAUCCUUUGAUGGUUCUUGCUGUUUUUUCCAUGGGUGCCUUCUUUGGUACUGUUUAAUAAUAACGCGAUCUUACAGCCUCUGCAUUCUUUGGCUAACAGUUUGCCCCUUGAUUUUUCAAGACUUCUGGUGGAAAGAGAGCUAACCAGCAACAAGUGCUUAUUGAAUGAAAUUCCAUAGACACAAUGCCAAAAUACUUCUUUAUUAGCAAGAUGUUUGGUUUUUCUACAUGAAAAACCUCACAAAAGACCUGGGCAAACAAAUCACAUUCAUGUUAACUUGCCAAUAGAUACACAUUCAGUUGAAUAGGGGAGUGUUCUCAAUUUUAACAACAGCAAGGCUCGAGGAAUGAUGGAUAGAUGUGCAUAUCCCUGUGGAAUAUGUUGAGCCUCAAUCUUGGUGGAAAGUCUUGGCAGUAGCAUUCUAUGAUGUCUGAGAAUUUUGAUACCAUGAUUAUUUGCGCAGUUGUAAUACUUGAAUUUGCAUUUAAUGAGGGCAUCAACAGCAGGACAUACAUUUCUCAAAAAGCCAUUUCUGUGCAUACUGGAAAGGAACAAAUUCAUGUUUAUGGGUUAUCAUGAUGUAACUAAUUUGCACGCUCUGUUCUUCUGGAUACUACAGAGAACCAGAUUUCAUCUGCAGAGCCUGUUAAGAUUUCCUGUCAAUAUGGCAACUUGCCAGUGGACUUGCUCUGUUCUUUCCCUGCAUUCUUUUAAUUCUCACAAUUAUUUAAAAUAAGGAACUUUGGGAUCUGAGAAUAACUAUUAUUGAAAGCAUACGAGUGAGCAGUAGAAAUUCAGGCAUUUCCUUCAGCAUUUAUCAGAGGGGGGAGGUGCUUUUUUGAUCAGUUAUGGAUCAGCUCUGAGACGAAGACAGAAUUGUGCAAAGAGACUCAGCAAGACUUCAUCUUCCUUGCUUACCCCCAUACACUCUCAGAAUAACCCUUGAGCAAGUUUGAGGGCAUACCAGGGACUUCAGAAGGAGAGGAUGUUGAAGUCCUCUUGCAUGAUUAGAAGUCUGUUUCACUCAAAUAUGGAGACUCCAUGUGUUUGCACUCCCUUUCUGAGUAGAACUGUAUGAAUUCCGUUAAUAACCAGUGGAUACCAUCUUUGCAUAGAAGCAUUUGAAAAGGCUAAUUCAGUGUUCUAAUAUGGUGAACAUACCUUGUCCCUUUGAACAGAAACAAGGUAAGCUCCGAGUUCUUAGCAAGCUAUUGCUUAAAAAAAGAAAAAAGCACCAGAAAUAUUGUCUGACAUUAUAUUUCAUUUUAAGAACGACAGAUAGUCAGGAUUCUGGAUGGGUCAGAUAAAUUAUCUGGUACAAUCUCUUAUACGCUACUAAUUUUAUGUGUUGCUUUUCUUACAUCCAGUGCUUUUCUUAAACAGUUACCUUCCUACCAACCUUGUUUCAGAGCUAGAUAGGCUUGUGGGGGUUGUCUUAUACUGGUAACAACAUGCACUGAUCUCUGUGAGUGGUAUCUUCCAGCUCAAGCAUUCUCGCUCACCAGUCUAGCUGAUUUUACACCGGUGGGUGUAUUUGGGUGAACUUUUUCAGACUCUGCCAUGAAUAAUCAUUUAACAGCACAGAAGGAGCAGACAUCUGGUCCAUUGUGUAAUGAUUCCUGCAUUCUACUGUUGCCCGUUCUCACUUAGCCUACAGUAGGGCAAGCAAGGAUGGCUCCAGUUCCCCCCAGCCCCACACAACAUGGCCAGGGAUGGUGGGAGUUGGACUCCAGUAGCAUCUGAAGGACCACAGAUGGCCACAUUGAUACAGCAUGAAGGAUGGUGACCUAUGAAGUUGAGACUUUUUAACGUUGGGAUUUGAUAUUCAAACUUGAAUUCUGUCCAGCCUGAAAAUUGCGUGAGCAAAUUAAUCCUGUUGACAAGCCAAAACACUGACUAUGAUAUCUAGUGCUACUGAAAGUAACUUAAGCAGGUUAUUUUGGGGGGUCACCAAGAUCAGUGUUGUCCGCCAAGUAUCCCGUGUCUUGACAUUCUGGGCUUCAUGUCAUGUAAAAGAUAAUCAGAUUUUUACUUAUUUUAAUACAUAACUUUGUCUUCCUUAGUAAGGCUUCCCUAAACCAAUCACCUGAGAACCCAUUUUUAUUCCAGUAUUAAAGUUAACACCGGCCUGGUUUGGACAACCAUCUCACCUUAAAAAACUGAGGGAUGAAUGAGAGUUCCACGCCCGCCCGCCCCGCCAAAAUCAUGCAGUUCUUUUGUCCAAAAGAGGUGACUAAACCAGGAAUAACUUGGGGAAAAGUCUGGAUCUUAAAUCUUAGUUUGAAUUUGGUUUGACAAUCCUGUCUUGUUCCAAAGCUGGUAGCCAUAGUUUCACAAACUGGGAAACACUGGUAAAUAGAGGCCCUUGUUGAAGCACAACUCACUCAAAGGGAGCAGCUGAGGGACUGUUUACAGGAGCAAAAUCAUAUCUUGAUUGAUUAAGCUGAUAUAGGAUUGUUCAAAUGCAGGCUAUUAUUUUAAUAUAACGUUUUAACCAAGGGAGUAGACAAUUCAGGACAGUCCACUCAUAAGCAAAUUCAUGCCUGUUUUCAAGAAAACCCAGAGAGAAAAUAUGACUGCUACUGAAUUAUGAUUGCUUUGUACUGGUGCGUUUUAGUGUUCCAAUGGAUUUUAUAUAAUGUUAGUUAUAAUAGUGAAGUCUGCUAGAAUAUUCUCUACAUAAAGUACAAAUUAUGUGGAGAAAGCACUGCAAGUUUAUUCUGUGAGAGGUUUUAACUGGAAGGCACUGGGAGGUUUUUCUUUAAACUCUUCUACCUUACUGCUUUCUUACUCCCAGAAGCUUUUACAGCUCAGUGUACAUCCUAAGGUGUACUUGCAUGUCUAAGCUCUUAGAAACCUCUUCCACAUCUGUGCUGAAGUUCCCAUGCAACUUUUUUGAUAUAAGAAGCAGAGCUUGGAGUAAGGAAGGAGCGGGUUUCAUUGCUUGCAAAUUGUGAACGCAAGGUUUUUGUGCAGUGGCUUGUUGGUCUAAAGCAAAGUUUCAGAAGAAACUAGAGGCAUGCAAAAAGGGCCAAGUUGAAGGAAACAAAUGUAGAUACAGAAGUAGUAUUGAGAGCUGACAUACUGGUUGAAUGCCUUGCAUUAAAGGAGGUUGUGUUGUACUGCUAAAAUACAACAUGAAUAAUAUGGAUGAACAGCUGUCACAUGCAGAGAACUCUAACCAGUGGAAUUGAAAUGGAAUUUUAAGUGGGGGGUAGAUUUAGAGCUGCAAGAGCUUGAUUUCAUCUAUAUUUUGUGACAGCUGAUGAUGCAGCAUCUGUGCACUGUCCAUAUUGAUUUACUGUUAAUGGAAGAAAUUAAAGAAUGACUCUAGAGAUCUGACCAGAUAUAAUUCAGUCAGUCAUCUACAGUAAGUCAGGGUUUAAGAGAGUACUGUGUUUUAUCAAAUCAGCUAAUUUCAGAUUUAUUGGUGGUUUCUAGUCCACAUAGGAAUAAUUAUUAUCAGAAGCCAGUCUAUAGAAAUCUGAUAGCAAAGUAUUUGAUGCCAUAGGACUGACUUCUUUUAAGGGCUGUGGAUACAAUCCAGUCGGUGGUUGUUCAUUAGCAUUUAAAAGUCUUAUUCUCAUGGAAUAAUCAGGAAUGAUAAGUCUCGCCAUGAUUAUAUUUACCAAUAGGUCAAAUCGUAUGCAACUCCCUGACUGUGCUUGGGAGACUUAACAGUUGCUUUUCUAUAGGGAAUAGCAAGUCUGUUUCCAAGGCUGGUGAGCUUAAUGUAUGCCUGUAGAUGGUAAAGAGCAGAAUGUAGUCCUUUCCCCCACAAAGGAUAUUGGCUGAAUAUCUCCCCCCCCCCUGCCAAUUCUGCCAUUACCAGGUGAUGGUAGGUCGCCAAGGCCUGGGAUUUACUGACAGUGAAUAGAAAUCAUGAUUGAAAUCAAAAUAUACUUGAAAGAUAAUUUCUACUGCAUCGUGUUUGCUUUCCCCCAUAACCACUAUAAUUCUUUCUGAAUUGGAGUUUUUUGUGAACAGGGUAUCAGCACGUUUCCGGACGACUUCCAAAUUCCCACUUUGAUUCAAAUGCAGAUUCUCCUUAACAAACAUGUCUUCAAUUUUUUAGAAUGGGCGUUCAUAUGUAUCUGAGAGUGAUCAUGUUUUGCUGGGACUCCUUGCAAGUGAGUCAGAAGGCAGAAAUCUCUCCCCCCCCCCCCGCCCACCCCGAGAUAGAAAUUUAUCCUUUGCACUCACAUUGAUGCCCCCUACUUUCAUCUUUGUUUUUCUUUAUUCUACUUCACUCCUGCCAUAUUAGCCCACCUCGAAGUCCAGCAUUUUUGGAUGUACUUCUUCCUUCAGCGAUGUUAAGGGGCCUGUUUCAAAAGGCAAUUUUAAGUUUAUUUCAAGCUAGCAGACUCCCCAAGGCCUUUUCCUUGAGUGACUUAGGUUUGGAUCAUGAUCACCUUCAUGUUUGGAAAUCCUUUUGCAUGAUUCUCCUAGAAGCAGCAUGUUCCAUGAAGGGCUUUUUACCAAGAUUAACUCCACAAGCAGCUCACAGGUGAAAUUUAACCCAAUUCCUAGGGGCAAUUCUUUUCUUCCUCUGUUCCUUUCACCUGACAACGGUUCUCUCUUUUCCUGGGGCAAAUUGGACCCUUGGUGCAACGUGACUUUCAGGGUGUUCUCAGUAAAUACCCUUGAAAAACAGCACAGCCCAAGCUGUUGCCACAGGGUCUCUUGUGUUGCCCCCUCCCCUUGCUUCCCUCAUGUUGUUGAGGAAUCUAGUAACAAGUCCCCUCUGCAAAUGCUAACUCGUGGAAAAGAGUGGUGUUAUGCACUUGGCUCGCUAACUUCCCAAGCUGCAAGUAUUCUGUACUUACCUGUUUUAAGGAGAGUUUUACAGAUUGUUGUAAAUACACUACUUGGAGAAAAGACUAGCCUGUGAGUGAUGAGAAAGAAUGUAUUUUUAUGCAAUUUUUUUGAGUGGCCUUUCAAACUCUUGAGAUGAAUGGUUUUUGUUUUCUUGAUUGUUAUAUAGUAUUCUAAGUAUAUGUUUGAAAGUUUGGGGAUAAUAUUCACCUCUAUGAUGCUUGUAAACACAACAGUAUUUAUAAAUGAAUAAAGUGCUUUAACACAG